AUGGCAAAAGGGAAAGAUAAGCGCUCAUCAGGCGCAAGCAAGUCCCCUAAAAAUGAGGAUGAUUCAACUUCUAAGUCCCAGUCUACCACGGAAAUGCCCCAAAUCGACGAGAGCGCCUUCGUUGGUCUACGACAGAAGAUUGAGCAACGAUUGAAGGAUAGUUCUUCGAAAGGAAAAUCGAAGAAGAAUGCUAAUAAGCCGACUGCAUCUGUGGAGGCUGCAUCUCCCAAAAAGGAUGCAUCAUACACCAAGGGCGGCAAGAAGCAGGAAUCCUCCGUUCAGGGCAAGAAGCGGGAUCGCAAUGGUGAUGUGAUUGCCCGUGACGAGAAGAAGGGAGGAAGUAGCAAGAAGACUACUGAUGAUGUCGAUACUCUACGACAGGAAAUCCUGGCCCUGGGCGGUACCGAAGAGGACCUUGAAUUGCUUGAAGAGGUCGACUCGGAGUCCGAAGUAGAGGGCGAAUCCAAACCUAAGGGCAAGAGCGGUGACGAUGAUCUACGAAAAGAGCUUGCAAAGAUGCUGCAAGCAGCUGGCCAGGUUGUUCCAGAAGAUCUAGGGGACGACGAAGUUGAAGAAGGGGAGGAUAUUGAAGAGGAGGCUGAAGAAGAGAUUUCAGAUGAAGAUAUGGAGGACGCCAACGAGGAAGACAAUGAAGAGUCUGAAGUCUCCGAUAUUGAAGAAGCACCGCCGGCGAAGAAGCAGGAAGUUGAUAUUGUCGUUCCUAAGGAAUACGCAAAGCUCCUUGUGCUUCCUCGUUCUGACUGGUACGCUAUUCCUCUUCCUCCGGUCAAGACUGUGAAAGAAGUGACCGCCCUACCCCGUCACCUGAUCGAUCGUAUUCAUGAACUCGCAAACAAUCUGCUACAGGAGGAGAAUGACAAGUAUGCGGAAGCGCAACAGGCCGCGGCCUCAUCAUCUCACAAGUUCUACACAACAAUUAUGACUUCUGGUACCCUGAGCGAUAAGAUCUCUGCAUUGACCCUUGCCGUGCAAGAGUCACCACUGCACAAUGUUAAGUCACUCGAAAAUCUGAUUGCUCUUGGACGAAAGCGCAGUCGUGCGCAGGCCGUCGAAGUCCUACGAUCUCUGAAGGAUAUGUUUGCUCAGGGUACUCUGCUGCCCAGUGAACGUCGCUUGAAGUCAUUUUCCAAUCAGCCUGCGCUUGUCGCAGCAUUCCAAGGCGCUGGAGGUCGAUGGACCGAGCGAGACCCGCUUCCUGGUGGCUUGCAGAAGAGCCACCUUCUAGUUUGGGCCUUUGAGGACUUUGUCAAGGAGCAAUUCUUUGAGGUUCUGAAAAUUCUAGAGGUCUGGUGCAAUGACGAGAUUGAGUUCUCGCGCACCCGUGCCGUCAGUUAUGUAUACGAACUUCUCAAGGAGAAGCCGGAGCAAGAAGCAAACUUGCUACGGCUUCUUGUCAACAAGCUCGGAGACCCUGGUAAAAAGAUCGCCUCCCGUGCCUCUUACUUGUUGCUCCAACUUGAGCAGACCCACCCUAUGAUGAAACCAUUAAUUAUCAAGGCUGUCGAAGAGCUGCUGUUCCGACCGGGCCAGAGCCAGCAUGCCAAGUAUUAUGCCAUCAUUACUCUAAACCAGACCAUUCUCAGCCAGAAGGAGGAUAAGGUUGCUAUGCAGCUGCUUGACAUCUACUUUUCUCUCUUCGUCAAUCUUCUAAAGCCUCAGGGUAAGAAGCCUGCGGCUAAGGGAGAAGACAAGCCUGUAGUUGAAGAUGAAGGCAAGCCUGCACCCAAGGGAAAGCGCCAGGGCGAGACCUACAAGGGAUCGAAGGGCAAAGGUCGCAACGAGCCUGUCAAGGGAGAGGCCCAAGACGACGAGAUGCGGGAGAAGCUGACUUCAGGUGUCUUGACCGGGGUCAACCGCGCAUACCCCUUCACUGAUGCCGAUUCAGACCGAAUCUCCAAACACAUCGAUACUCUUUUCCGCAUCACGCACUCUUCCAAUUUUAACACCAGUAUUCAAGCUCUCAUGCUCAUCCAGCAACUUACUACGUCUCAUCAGGUUGGAAACGACCGCUUCUAUCGGACCCUUUACGAGUCUCUUCUGGAUCCUCGAGUCGCCACCUCCUCAAAGCAAUCACUCUACCUGAAUAUGCUGUACAAGGCCCUCAAGAACGAUCUUAAUCUCCGCCGUGUCAAGGCUUUUGUCAAGCGUGUCGUUCAAGUGCUUGGACUUCACGGACCUUCUUUCGUCUGCGGUGUUUUUUAUAUGAUUCGCGAGUUAGAGAAGACUUUUGUCGGUCUCCACUCUCUCAUUGAUCAACCCCAGGAGAACGACAGUGAUGACGAGGAAGUCUUCCGCGACGUUCCAGACGAAGACGAUGAGCAGCCGGAGCCUACUCCAGUCGUAUCCAAAUCUUCAAAGCGCACCGAUGGUUACGAUCCUCGAAAGCGCGACCCCGAACACAGCAAUGCUGACAAAACAUGUCUUUGGGAGCUGCUCCCUUACACAUCUCAUUUCCACCCCUCAGUUUCCGUCAAUGCAGCACGUCUUUUGGAGAAUGAGCCCAUGAGCGGAAAGCCUGAUAUGUCAUUGCACACCCUCAGUCACUUCCUAAAUCGCUUUGUUUACCGUACUCCUAAGGCUAACGCCAAUACUCGCGGUGCCUCUAUCAUGCAGCCCCUGGCUGGUGGUGAGGUUGCCGAUCGUCUGGUAGAAGCUGGAAAGGCUUCAAAUCAGAGCAUGCCUCUCAACUCCCAGAACUUCUGGACGAAGAAGGUCGAGGAUGUUGCGGCUGAAGAUGCCUUCUUCCACGACUACUUCAACCGCAUUAACAAGGACAAGACCAAGGCCAAGAAGGGCAAGGGUGAUGAGGAUGCCAUGGCACGUGACGAGGAGGAUAUUGAUGGCAGCGACAACGAAGACGAAAUCUGGAAGGCGCUCGUGGAUUCGCGACCAGAUCUAGAGCAAGACGAUGACAGCGAUGAUGAUCUGGACCUAGAUGAUCUCGACUCUGCAUACGAUGAUGACGAAGACGACGAAGAACUCGAGGGCGGUGACGAGGACGUUAUCUUCAACGACGAGUCUGACGUACCAUCCGACGAAGACGAGGAGAUGGACGACUUCGAUGGCUUCGAUGAUGAAGAAGCCACACCUAUCCCGGCCGCGUCGAAGAAGGCUACCAAGAAAUCUACCAAGGAAGAGAAGUCCAAGGCACAGAAGCCUGCCGAAGACGACGAAGAUGUCUUCGAUAUGGACGUCUCAGACGAUGAGGCCUUCCUGGACAGCGACGAGGACCUGCCCUCGGAUAUGGAGCUGGGCGGUGUGGAUAUAGAUGUGGCGGCCGAUGCAGCUGCAGCUGCAGCUGCACCUUCCGAUCGCAAGAAGCGCCGCAAGCUCAAGAACUUGCCUACCUUUGCUUCGGCAGACGAUUAUGCUGCUCUAUUGGAGGACGAGGACUUGGGUAUGUAA